GCGUGGUAGGGAUACGGAGUAUCUGUCAUGGCCGACGUUCUCUGGGAGAGUAGUUUUGGUCAGGCCGCAUCGGCGAGCGGUACGCGGUGUGUUUAGUGGUGAAAAAAAACAUGGGGCGCGAUAAUGGGCAGACGGUCAAGCGAAGAAGGCGUUAGCGUACUCUCGGUCCUGGUAAAGGACGAUUUAUGCGAGAGGUCCGCGACGAUGGAGUCACGAGCACGGAGGACUCGGUUACGUAGCGUUGUAGGGAUAUGUUUGUUUCUCGCGCUCACGGGCAUCAUUUAUCUCGGCUACUUCUGCCCCGAUCACGUCUGUGCUCUCACGAGCCGCGAGAUCAAGGAGUCCGUGAGAUUGUCCGAGGGUCUGUCCGCUGGUCCCGGCUCCGGUUUGUCUUCCGUUUCCGUCGAAUUCGACAAAAAUGGCCUGCUCUCGGUACAUCCUGCCUUUAGAUUGCAGAGUAUUCAAGGGAGCCUUGGUUACGACGAUGUGUUUACCAAUGAUACCUUUCAGUUUGACAUCAACGGUCACGAUGUCAUCGUUUUCUUGCACAUUCAGAAAACUGGAGGUACAUUGUUUGGAAAACAUUUAGUUAGAGAUUUAGAUCUGCAAAGACCAUGUUCUUGUCAAAGAAGACGCAAGCGUUGUUUUUGUUUCCGUCCAAAUCGCAAUGAAAAUUGGCUUUUUUCACGAUAUUCUACCGGUUGGAAGUGUGGUCUACAUGCUGACUGGACAGAAUUGACUAGCUGUGUUGAUACAGAAUUAAAUAAAAUUGAAGGAGAUGGCAUAAAACGUAGAUACUUUUAUAUAACUAUAAUAAGGGAUCCUGUUGCACGGUAUCUGUCUGAAUUUAGACACGUACAAAGGGGUGCAACAUGGAGAGGAGCUCGUCACUGGUGUGGAGGAACUCAAGCAAAUAUACCACAGUGUUAUCCUGGAUCUAGUUGGCAAGGGGUAUCUUUGGAACAGUUUAUGGCGUGUCCAUAUAAUUUGGCAAGUAACCGUCAAACAAGAAUGUUGGCUGAUCUAUCAAUUGUUGGUUGUUACAAUUCUACGCUCAGCAGCUUGGAGAGAGAUCGUCUCAUGUUGGCUAGUGCUAAGCACAAUUUGCAAUUCAUGCCUUUCUUCAUGUUGACUGAAUACCAGAAAGUGGGACAGUAUUCCUUUGAAGAAACAUUCGGAAUGAGAUUUGCCGUUGCGUUUGAACAACAUAACGCGACGUUAAGCGCUGCCACAAUGGCUACCCUAAGCACGGAACAGUUAGAUGCUGUGCGUAGAUUAAACAGACUGGAUCUAGAACUGUAUGAUUUCGCAAAAAAUCUUGCGUUCCAAAGGUUCAAACGACUUAGAGAUCGCGAUCCAUACUUCGUACAACGAUUUCAACACCUUGGAGAAUUACCUUCUAGGCAAAGUGCAACGGAAUUCAAUUGGGAUUCUGUCAUAGAAGAUACUACAGAUGUUGAAUGAUAUGUAAGUAUGUUACUGAUAGAUAAUAUCGAUGCUUUGCAUUCAUGGCCGAGCGAGAAAAAUGUUGCUCUGAAUCUGAGUAUCUCAGGGAAUCAUCCUUGAAAGAAAAAAGAAAUUUUACAUAGAAUUAUUAUAUGCGGCGGUGGUCUGCAUAGAACUUACCAAAAGUGUUUAUAGAAAAUAAUGUGGAUAAGACCAAAGAGAGCCCAGAGAGGAUCUUGGAAUAAAUCCUUGGAAUCCUCUUUCGGUAGCUAUAUAUGAAAUGAAAUAUAUAAUCACACAAAUUUUGUUAUGAUUUAUAUAAUGUUCAUAAUUUUUUUUAAAGAGUUCUUCCAUUUAAUGCAAUUUUUGCUUAAAAUAUAUCACAUUUAAACUUUGAUUUUGUUAAUGUUUUUACUUCGUAUAAGAUAAAAGCUUGCAAACAGAUUUUUUUAAUGUGUAUUACGAAGUCAAUUCUAGGGAAAAGAUACUAUAAUUAUUUCUUGAAUGCAUACUUACUA